AUGGGAAACGUCCUCUCUGCGUAUCAAACAACGGAAUGUCAAAUCGAGCUGCCGGGCAAAGGCACAAUCCGCGGUCUCCAAUACGACAGCAAGGCGUGCCGCUUUGCAGGCGUUCCUUAUGCUGUCCCGCCUAUGGGUGAACUGCGAUGGCGAAAGCCCCAACCGCUCCCCCCUUCGCAUUCCUACUCCUCAGAGAAUGGUACACCGUACGAUGCCACACGGUUCGGUCCUGUCUGCCAUCAACCGAACUACUCGCGGGCAGUCUCGAAGAAUGUCCCGCAACAUCAGUACAGCGAGGAUUGUCUCCGGCUGAACAUUUGGACUCCCGUCAAGAAGCCUGGGGAGACUGAUCCUAACUGGCCCGUGGUGGUCUGGUUCCACGGUGGUUGGUUCCAGGUCGGAGAUCCCAGUCAGGAGGAGGCUAUGGACCCGACUGAGCUUAUCUCCACGGGCGGGCUCAACGCGGUGUUUAUUGCAGUCGGGUACCGGCUCAGCGUCUUCGGCUUUCUGGCUGGGGAUGCUUUAUGGGAGGAGAGCAACAAAAAGGAGGUGGGCAACUACGGGUUGUGGGAUCAGCGGCUCGCUCUGGAAUGGGUAUCAGAGAAUAUUGCCGCGUUCGGUGGCGAUCCUCGCAACAUUACUCACGCUGGAAGAAGUGCGGGCGCCUAUUCUGUCCAAGCUCAGGCGCUGUAUGACUUCCAGAGGACUGAUCCUCCCAGGGAUCUGUUCCGGCGAAUGAUGAUGCAUUCCAACUCUAUCCCUACGCAGCCCAAGACGCCGGAAGAUUGUCAGCCGCAGUUCGAUGAGCUGUGUCAAUAUUUCAACAUCCCGGGCGAUUGGAGCGGGCAGGAUAAGAUGAAUAGGCUUCGUCAAAUACCUGCCGAAGAUCUUACAGAUGCCACUAUGAAGCUGGAUCAUCACACGUUUCGUCCGGUUACGGACGGCGUUUUCAUUCAGCCCGGUAUCUUCAAGUAUUAUCGGGACGGCUCCUUUGCCACCGAGUUUAAAAGAAGAGGCUUGCGUCUCUACAUAGGCGAAGUCUUAAAUGAGAACACCUUAUAUGCCAUUACCAAUGGGCCCGACGCAAACCUUGCCUCUCUGGAGCUCCAGCUGAGCAACUAUUACCCCUCGUCCACAAUGAAACGUCUACUCCAGCACUACUCUGUUCCAGCGUCCUCCGAGAAGAAGGAUUGGGAAGAUGCUUUUGGCCGUAUCGUGGCGGAUGGCCAAGUGCGUGCGCCGUACAGGUUCUUAGUCAACAAUCUACUAUCUUAUGGGGUGGAUGUUCGAGAUGUGUGGAGGUACUGCAUCGCGUAUCGACUGUCCUUCAUCACCGAUAAGGUAGCUCCAGAAUCGAUGGGUGUGAGCCAUGCGAUGGAUCGGCCGCUGUGGAAUUAUUCGAUCAUGCACGGGCCAACCCCCACCGAGCGAAAGAUCAUGGACGACUGGGUCAGGGACUUGGCUUCAUUUGUGAGAGGCGACAAGGCUUAUUCGUACGGCACGCAAGCCGCGAACGAACACAAGGUCCUUACUCCUCAAGGCACGAUCGAGGUCCAAAACGAUGAGCGGUGGGAAGAGUUGUUGAGAUUAAUGGAGGUGUUCGCUGGAUGA